UGCGCAUCUACGCACCGGUUGAGGUUCGAACCACCCCCCACCAACUUUACAAGAGGAUGUUUCCAAGAAGUACCCGCUUUGAAGCAAAAAGGGCAUAGCCCCUCACUAAGUGCAUGUACCUCUCCCCUUCCCUUUCUCUCCAUAUAUAUUCCACACUCGUAUCCCUCCUUUUCUUCAUUCUGUCCAAAUCCAUCCUCCUUAUUUAAUCUUUCUUCCCUCGCGAUGGAAGCAACCAACAGGUGUUCUUCUUAUACCUCUUCUUCCGAUUCUUCUUCUUCUGAGUCUUCUUUAUCUGGAAAGCAACCCAACAAAUCUGAGAGAAUAAAGGGUCCCUGGAGUGCGGAGGAGGACAGAGUCCUCACUCGUCUUGUUGAGCGCUACGGUGCUCGAAACUGGUCCUUGAUAAGCCGAUACAUAAAGGGUCGGUCGGGGAAGUCCUGCCGGCUCAGGUGGUGCAACCAGCUCAGCCCCAGUGUAGAGCAUCGGCCCUUCUCUGCGGCCGAGGACGACACCAUCCUCGCCGCUCAUGCAAGGUACGGCAACAGAUGGGCCACCAUUGCCCGCCUGCUUCCGGGUCGGACGGAUAAUGCGGUGAAGAACCAUUGGAACUCCACGUUGAAGAAGAAGCAGAGAGAGCAGAGUCAGCAGAUGGAGGGGCCAUCGGGAUCUGGGUCCUACCCGGAAAUGGAGCCCGACCCGAUUACCACCUUGUCAUUGGCGCCGCCGGGUGCCCACGGUUCCACACCAGAGGAGCGGCGGGCGGAGAGUUUUCCGGAGGGGUUUUGGGAUGCGAUGAGAGGUGUUAUAGCAAGGGAGGUGAGGGAUUACAUGACAUCCACACUCUCAGAAGCUUCUGGGUUUCAUGACUGUUAAGUGUGUGUUUGUGUACUUGUUUUGGUGGUUCUUUCUUUUUUCACUUUCUUGUUAAUAUAGUAUUCAACCACAACCGUUGAAGUUGAAGGCUUGAAGCAGCUUUCCGACACUUUCCUCACACUUUCUGUGGAAUUAAUGCUCAGGUUUCAAUCCUAAAAGAAAUUCAAAAAAUUUACAUUAAUUUUGUCAA